GUGGCCAGUUCCUGGUCCUGCGGCGCAGGGAGGGAGGCGCGGCCGGCCUCCAAAGAGCGAAGUGGGGGUGGGGGGGAAGCAGCAGCGAGCACCGGCCCAGCCGGCAUCAUGGGCCGCAGGUUCUGCCUGGCUUUUGCACUGGCUGCUCUCCCUGCUGUGGCUGCCAAUGAAGAAGUACCUGUGGCUCACCAGGACUCCUGGGGAGACUUCUGGCUAUUCCGUUUCUUGAUCAAUGCUGCAGGCUAUGCAAGCAUUGUGGUGCCAGGCUUCUUGCUGAUACAGUAUUUCAAGAAGAAAAAUUAUCUUGAGACAGGCCGAGGUGUUUGCUUUCCAGUUAUCAAAUCAUGUGUUUUUGGCAAUGAGGCCAAGUCAGGAAACCAGGAUGAUGCCUUGCUGGCAGCUCGGAAUGAGACUGUAGAGUCCUCUACAGCCCGGCAAAUUUUUAAGCUUCUGUUCUGUGCAGCAGGUCUACAGAUGUCUUACUUGACAUGGGGUGUCCUUCAGGAACGUGUAAUGACCAGAACAUAUGGAGCAACUGAGUCAGAUCCUGGCGAGAAGUUCAAGGAUUCUCAAUUCCUUGUCUUCAUGAACCGGAUCCUUGCCUGCACUGUAGCUGGCCUGUACUGUGCCCUGACCAAGCAGCCCCGCCAUGGUGCUCCCAUGUACAAGUAUUCCUUUGCCUCCCUCUCCAACAUCCUCAGCAGUUGGUGCCAGUAUGAGGCACUCAAGUACAUCAGCUUCCCCACCCAGGUGCUGGCCAAAGCCUCCAAGGUGAUUCCAGUCAUGCUGAUGGGAAAGUUGGUGUCACGCAAAAGCUACGAAUACUGGGAGUACCUGACAGCAGCACUUAUCUCUGUAGGGGUCAGCAUGUUCUUGCUCUCCAGCACACACGACAAGCAUCUCUCUACUGUCACCACCUUUUCUGGUGUGAUCCUCCUGGCGGGCUAUAUUGUCUUUGACAGCUUCACCUCUAACUGGCAGGAUGCGCUCUUCACCUACAAGAUGUCCUCAGUACAAAUGAUGUUUGGGGUGAAUGUGUUCUCAUGCCUCUUCACCGUGGGCUCACUGCUAGAGCAGGGCGCCUUACUGGAGUCAGUACGCUUCAUGGCCCGUCACUCUGAGUUUGCUGCUCAUGCCGUGCUUCUGUCAGUGUGCUCAGCCUUUGGGCAGCUGUUUAUCUUCUAUACCAUCAAUCAGUUUGGGGCAGCUGUUUUCACCAUCAUCAUGACGUUGCGGCAAGCCUUCGCCAUCCUGCUCUCCUGUCUCAUCUAUGGCCAUGCAGUCACUGUGGUGGGCGGGCUAGGGGUAGCUGUGGUCUUCAUAGCACUUUUCCUCCGUGUCUAUGCCCGCAGCCGCAUGAAGAAGCGAGCAAAGAAGCUGCCAGUUGAAACCACAGUGCAAAAAGUUUAGGGGCUGCAAGGCAGAGAUAGCCCCCUUCCCUCUGGGGCCAUCACCAAACUCUUAAGCACUUGGAGGAAGUGAAGGGACCUUUCCUCCUGUUGCCUUACUGUCUGAACAUUUUAAGCCUGCUGGGGCAAUGCUCUUCUGAGUGAGACUAGAGGUUAAUAAUACUUUAGGUUUCUUCUGCAGCCCCUUUCUUUGGAAAAGGAGUAUUUAUGAAGGAAGUACAUUGGAGCUUUCUUGCCCUUUGCUGCAGUGUCCCCUUCUGCUUAUCAUCUCAGAACAGCAUUUAACACUUUUAAAUAUUCUAACUCCGCCCCCCAAAAAACCAUCUGAUGGUGGAAGGGGAAACCAGGGUGGUGUUGCAAAUUCCAGCCUCUUCUACAAGAAAACAGGAGACUGGAGGAGGCUUUGGACUUCAGAAUGGUCCUGCUGUGUAAGAGCCCCUCUUGAAUCAGAGCUUCCUCCUUUCAGGCUUGGAGUACCCCACUCAUGCGUUCUUUUGCCUCACUGUUGAACUUUUUCCAGCUGUGUGCCAUUCCCCAAUGUCUUUUGGUUCUUGCUUGUUUUGCUAGGCGUCUUAUAGAAUAUCCUCUCUUCUCAUUGGACUACAAUCCCAACCCUUUUGAGACUAUUCUUGGGACACUAUGUACUUUCCUGGGAUAUAUAGUUGCUACAUACAGUUUAGAAAAGCACAAAUAAUUGCCUUCUUGAAACAUCGCUUUUCAGAGCUAGCUUGAGGUGUUUGGUUUUUAGCUUUUGUUUUUAAACUGCUUCUUGCAGGUUAGUGUGGAAGGAAGGCAUCCCUAUGCAUAGACAAUGUGCUUUUUUGUCCCUCUUCAUCUUUGGAAGGGACUCUGGCACACACUUGGUUCACAUUGGGACUGAUAAUAGCUGGAAGCAGUGUGUGCAUCUAGGUUUGAAUUCUGCUUCCAGUGUAUCUAGUUCCCCCGCAAAUGUUGAGUGUGCUGCAGAAUCCCUUGCAGAAUAAAGUUCUGGGGCGCACUGUUUAUAGGGGGAACCAGCUGUGUUUGAAGCAGCAGUGGCGGAAGGGCUUGUCCUGGGCUGCCUGGAUUACUUAACAUUGCCUAGUGUCCCUGCCCUCUUUCCAGGAGGCAUGGGGCAGGGUACUUUGAGGCAAUUUCCUUGUGAUGCAGAAACUGGACUGUAUUGUCCUCUUCACAUGUGAUUGCUCGGGAUGCACGGUUAGAGCUGAUGUCACUGGCUCUGCUUAGGAAGCCUGAAUUUUACCCUCUUAAUGCCAAGCUGAAUUGUAAAGGGAAAGGGUUUUUUUGGUACUUUUGAAACACAACUUAUCUCCUUUUUAUUAAAUUUAAAAGAUGCUGCAGGCAGGAAGCCUGUUUUGUAUCUUUCAGUGGGUCCAAGAGGGAAGGUGGAUAAGAGAUCAGCCUCCAGAUUCUGUAGUUCAUUUCACCUUUCAAGAUGAUGAGAAAGACUUUUACAUGUGUUAAUUUAGCACAGUAUUUUACAUCCUGACCUGUAAAAAAAAAUGCAAGGCUGUCAUAGCCAAGAACUAAUUAGAAGGGUGUUGGUGUUACCUAGUGAAGACUUGAACCAGUGGUAGGCAUAGAGUUCUCACUGCUUGAAAGGUAGCGCUUCAAUGCCCUGCACAACUCUGUACCUCUCCCAUUGACUACUAUGCCUUGACUUCAUAUUCCUUUGGUGGUUUUACCAUUUUACCUGUUGCCAAGAUUUACAAUCCGGGGUGGGGGUGGGGGGGGAACUAAAUUUCCAAAUAUAUAUCAAUUGAUUUACAUUUUAA